AUGGCUAUAUUCAAAUGGUUCCUUCUAGAAUGGUCUAAUACUGGUUGCAUGAAUAAUGCACGAAUUCAUCACAAAGCAUUCUUAUUAACAAAUGGAAAAGUAUUAGUUACUGGUGGUUAUGCUGAUAGUGAUAUUCUACAUAGUGCUGAGUUGUAUGAUCCAUUAAAAGAAACUUGGGCAACUACUGGUAGCAUGAAUAAUCCACGAUAUGGGCACACAGUAUCCGUAUUAACAAAUGGAAAAGUAUUAGUUACUGGCGGACACAAUGAUACUGAUACUCUAAAUAGUGCUGAGUUGUAUGAUGCAGGUACAGAAACCUGGAAAGCUAUUAGUAGCAUGGAUAAAGCACGAUAUUAUCACACAGCAUCCGUAUUAACAAAUGGAAAGGUAUUAGUUACUGGUGGACUUCGUAAUGAUGCUAUUCUAAAUAGUACGGAGCUGUAUGAUCCAUUAACAGAAACCUGGACAACUACUGGUAGCAUGAAUAAUCCACGAUUUGAUCACACAGUAUCCCUAUUAACAAAUGGAAAAGCAUUAGCUGCUGGUGGAGUUGGUAAUAUUCAGGAAUUAAAUAGUGCUGAACUGUAUGAUUCAUUAACAGAAACUUGGACAACUACUGGUAGCAUGAAUAAUACACGAUAUUAUCAUACAGCAUCCGUAUUAAAAAAAUGGAAAAGUAUUGGUUACUGGUGGAGUUGGAGAUAG